CAAGCGCAGCGAAAGAGGAAGAAAGAAAACCUCUAACGCUGCAAUCUCCAAUCCCUCUCCCUCCCCUGUUCCAGUUCCAGAACGCUCUCUCUCUCUCACACCCGCUCUUCGAGAUGGUGUUGAGGUGCUCAGAGAUUGACAAAGCGCAGAAGUCCCCGCCUGUGGCGGCAACGGCGGGGCCGAGCUUCUCGGUCCCGUUCAAGAACCCCACGCUCCGGUGGGGCAGCACCGGCCACAUGCGCUGCCAGCCAGUCUCCGAACGCCGCGGCCCCAACGACCGGCAUCCUCCUCCUCCGACAUCGCACCAGACCAAGAACGAUCCGUCCCCUUCUUGUGGACGCUUCUCGGUCGCCUUCAAGAACCCCACGCUUCGGUGGGGCAGCACGCGUCGCAUGUGCUGCCAGCUACUCUCCGACCACCGCGACCCCACCGACCGUCGUCCCUCAUCCGCCUCUCGUUCUCCUCCUCCGAUAUCGCACCAGACCAAGAACGAUCCGAACCCUCCUCCUGGACGGCCGAGGCUCGUGAUACGCAUCCCCUGCCGGACCCAGGCCAAGGAUCCGGAGAGAGACGGGCCUCCCGCUCCGGAGGAGCGGCGAGAUCAUUGCCAAGACACCAGGGAGGGCGCCGCCGGCGGGGCUCCUCUGGAGAUCGCGAGGCCGGUCGCUGGUCCCGUGACGAGAUCUUUGAGGUCCGGAGCCGGUAGACAAGGUGAAGAAAAGACGGCGAAGAAGGUGAGGCCGGCGGAGUUCAGCAUCUCGCUGUCCAACGAGGAGAUCAUGGAGGACUUCAUUGCCAUGACCGGCGCCAAGCCCACCCGCCGCCCCAAGAAGCGGCCCAGGCUACUCGAAAAGAAGCUCGAUGAGAUCUUUCCUGGGUCUGAGUUGCCGAAGAUCAUCACUGCCGGUCUUUAUUCCCUCAGAUAGACUGGUUUCAUCUCCUUCGGAAUCGGACCCCUAAAGAUUCCAAACUUUUUGGGUGGACUUUGCCAAGCCAAUAAGAAACUACCUGAUGAUAAGACUGCACCAUUGAUUUAGUACAAUGUUGGUCCUUGCUUAAGAAUGGAAAAGGAGCAGCACAUUAAAGGUAUAGCUUUCAUUAGUGGAGGCAAUGAGCAGGAGAAGGGGGCCAAACAAUAUAAAAUCUCAGCACAUUAAAGGUAUAGCUUUUCAGUUGCAUUUUUGUUUAGCUAUAUUUGGUUAACUAUUAAAACAGUAUUAAUUAUAUCUACACCAAUUGUCAUCUUUGUUUGAAAUUAAAUCCAUGAUAUAGAUGCCUCCAAAGACUUUUCCUUGUUGCUGUAGCUUAUUUUACGAUAAAUGUAGCCAUAACACAAAAUACUGUAAUAGGGCCCCAAAUGCAAUUUGACUUGCAAGAUUUUGGCCAGCUUAUAACAUUCUAAACACUGAAAAGGGCCAUCUCCUACAACUAGGGUUCACAUAUAUCUAAUUAAAGAUUCCCAAACACUGUAUUAGCCACUAUUAGCCAAUAGGGUGGAUAAUUGUAUUAAUUUUGUCCUUCAUAUCAAACAUCUCUACCUCUCAAAGGGCAUAUAUUUAGCCUUUGAAUUAUGGUUAUGGCCUCUAUGCUUUUCCAUGCAAAGUAUGGCAGAUGACCACAGGUUUAAAGGGACUUGAGAGUACUAAAAUGCUUCCAGUGGAAGCUGUCUCACAGUGAGCCAUAUCAGGUGGUCGCACAUUGCUCCCCAAAGGAUGUUCACCCUUUAUAAGGAAUGUAUGAUUUCUGGACCAAUUGUCACUAAAAACUGAAAGAAACUUCAAAAGGAAGAGAAGCCUAAACAGGUUUUGUAAAAAAAAAGAAAUUAAACAGUGGAAUGGAUAAGGGUGGGAAAAAAAUCUGCAUGAUAUACGACCAAUAAAUAUUGGCUUCUAAAAUCAUUUAAAGUUUUCUUACCCAUUGCUAUGCUUGAUGGUUUUUUUUCUUGGAUAUAACUCAUUCAAAUUAAAUUUAAUUGUUAAUUGUCUCCAAACCAAAUUCAAGAAAGAAUAGAGAACCAUAUCAUCCACCUUCAAAUGCAGUAAGUUACCUAUCAUGUUAAGUGCAACAAUAUUAGUGGUCCAUCUUCUUCAAAUUUCUAUGUUUUAUUGUAAUAAUUGCAUACUGAUAUUUGGCAUGUGCAAUCUGUAUGUCAUAAGAUCCAGCUUGACUCCAUCUUGGGCUUAACUUAUUCCAUGGGUCCGGUCACAUGAUGAUACGUCAAUUGUGUUGGGGCUCUUGUAUGCCAUGGGUUCAACCCACUAGAGUUUUUGGGGAAUGGUUGUGAUUCAACUCACGUAACCUCUUCAAAUUAAAAUCUAGUUUAUUUUUUUUAUUGUCUCCAAACCAAUUUAAAAAAGAGAAAGAAUCAUAUAAUCUACUUUGAAAUGCAGUAAUUUACCCUCCAUGUUGUGUAAGAAGACUAGCGGUCAUAGCCUUCUUAAAAUUUCUAUUGUUUAUCUUUUAUUACAAUAAUUGCAGACUAGUAUUUAGCAUGUGCGAUACAUAAUACUUAUUUAUGAUGAAUGUUGUGUUUUGACCCAUCAAAAUUGUCUAGAGUAAAUAUGAUAAAAAUAAUCCAAUAUAGUUUUAUUUACUUCACUUUAUCUUGGCCAAUUUUAAGUGAAUGUAGAGGCGUCUCUGUAUUACAAUAAGAGUGCACAUAAACAUUGAGAGGAAGGUGCACAUCUUAGGGGCUUGCUUGAGAAACCUUCAUAAAUAACAAAUAUGCUGGCACGGAGGUGAAAAUGAAGGGAGCAGAGAUACAAGGGACCCUCCCCAGGUGGUUUGCGUUAUAAUAGUAGAGAUUCACGAGUGUGCCUAAAACUUGUGCAAGCAUGAUCAAAGGAAUCAACUGGAUUCUGACCACCAUUAGCCUUUGAAGAAGGCCUUCUCGGCAUAAUUAUCAGCAGUACUACAAAGAAUGUCAAUCACAUUCAUUCAAAGAGAUAAUGUAACAGCAAAACCUCUUCUUUAUGAAGCUUUGAUUACAAGUUGCAUGACAAUAUUUGCUGAUCAUGGGGCAAGUCUGCAAAAGUUAUUGCACAGGAAACAAGCUCUGUACAAGCAUUCAAAAGAUUGCGGUCCACUGAGUGUGCAUGAUCAGGUUCAGGUUCAGCCUAGCAAAUAUUAUUGAUCUGCACAAAGAAGCACAAAUGCUGGUUACAAUUUCUUGCAGCUGUAAAUUAUGCAAACUAUAAGGUUAAAGCCUUACUUACCAGCUUGUCCAAGAACACUUUCUGAAUGGUGAUAAUGUAAAGCAGUAGACGGUAAUAGAUUUAUUAGGAUAAGCAAGAGUAGGUCAGGAACUGCAAUAAUAAAAAUACAUAAUGUGCCAAGUUCCAGUGUUGAAGGUACCAUGUUGCAUGUGUAAUGUAAUAUCUGGGUAAGUGUCCUCCUAAUUCAAGAAUUAUGAGGUAAUGAGUGGCCAGUUGUCUCCACUUGAAAGUUGAAAUAGGGCACAGAAUUAUGUUUAUAAUUCUGUAAUUAACAAAAUAUUCAAUACUUAUU